CCAAUAGUAACGAAACACAUACACAUGCUCUCAUUAUGGAGAAGAAGGUCACUCAAAACAAAGAUGCUAUGAAAUCAUUGCAUAUCCUGACUGGUGGGAUAUCACAAAGAAAACCUAGAAGAAGAUAGGUCAAGCUACCAUAGCUACAUCAAAUAAUGAACUGCUCGUUUCCAUCGUUGCUCACAUGAAAAUAGUGGAUAACUCUGGUGUGUAAAUCAAUAAUCAUGUUUCAAAUAAUAGUCGGGUUAUUGACACAGGUGCAACAGACCAUAUGACAAAUAACUCCUCUAAACUAUUAUAUGUGAACCCCCUAAAACAAACUAGCAUCCACACCGCUAAUAGAGGAGUAGCACCUGCUAUAGGAGAAGGUCCAACAAAAGUGUCUAGCUAUAUGAAUCUUGAUAUUGUCCUUGUGGUCCCUUCUUUAUCAUCUAAUCUUUUAUCCGUUAGUCAAAUCAGAGAAGCCUUGAAUUGCUGUGUGGGUUUUUCGCCUAAUGAAUGCAUUUUCAUAGUAUGGCGAGUUGGCGACUCAUCGGAUUCUUGGCUAUGGUAUUCGACAGGGAAGGUUGUACUAUCUAGAAGAACAUCCUCAAGGUCAAGUUCAUCAUACUGGAAUAAAUCAGGCAAAUAAUAGACAGUUCGAUGUGAAGAAUGCUUUCAUAAAUGGGUAUUUGGAAGAGGAAGUGUAUAUGGAUCCUGCCCCUGCUGGUACAAAGUGCGGCGGAAAGGUGUGCAAAUUAAGAAAGGCAUUAUACGGGCUGAAACAACCCCUCCCCACCUGAGCAUGGUUUAGUCGCUUCUCAACCUUCAUGAAAUUGUGGUCCCAGGAGAUGACUCAGAUGAAAUGUCAAACCUCCAAACUAUUCUCACAGUUGAAUUUGAAUUGAAGGAUAUUUGUUACCUAAAAUACUUCUUAUGUAUUGAGGUUGCCAGAUUAAAAGCUCGAAUCUCUAUGUGUUAACAACAGUAUUUGCUGGAUUUAUUAGCUGAGACAAGGAUGUUUAAUUUCUGGCCAGUGGAUACCUCGAUUGAAGCAAAUCACAUACUGACCAUUCAUAGUGAUCAAUUAAAUUCCAACGAAUAAAGACAUGUAUAAAAAGCUGGUAGGAAGGUUAAUUUAUUAAUCACACACACGACCAGAUAUAGCCUAUGCCGUCAGUGUUGUGAGUCGGUUCAUGCACUCUCCAACUGAAGACCAUAUAGAGGUAGUGUAUUGGAUACUGAGGUAUUUAAAAGCCUCACCAGAAAAAUGGUUGUUUUAUGCAAAGAACCAAAGUCACCAAGCGAGUGGAUAUACGGAUGCACAUUGAGCUAAAGAUUGGAUGAAUGGGUUAAUCCGCAUCUAGAUACUUCACCUUUGUAGGAGAUAACUUAGUCACGGGGAGAAGAAAAAAACAAAAGGUAGUUGCAAGGUCAAGUGCAGAAGCGGAAUAUCAGGAAUUGGUUCAUGGUGUAUGUGGAUAAAAUGAAUUCUUCGAGUUCUCGGAAUUGAAUCAAAAUGGUUCGAUUAAACCACACUGUGAUAAUCAAGCAACAAUAAAGACACCCAACCAUUCGGUUAAACGUGAUAGGACAAAACACGUCGAGAUUGAUUGUCAUUUUAGUAUCAUCUCAAGAAAAGGACCAUUGAACUACCUCACAUUUCAAAAGACCAGCUCGUGGAUAGUAUAACAAAAAGUAGUAUGUGGAAGAGUGUUUCAAAGCUCUCUUUGAAAGCUCGGAAUGAUAAAUAUUCAUUCUCCACCUUGAGAGGGAGUGUUGAUGAAAGCUAAUUUCCAGGAUUUGUUUUCGUUGUUUAGAAUUAUAUAUUUAUUCUUCCUUAAUUAGUGGCCAUACCUUAGGCAUGUACCUUAAAUAGUUGCAAUAUCUUAGAAAAGUUAUUAUUCCUUUCAUGUAUAUAUUCUGACUCCAUUAUAAGAUGAGUAUACGAACCCUUCAUGUAACAGAGUCUCUGAUCAACUGGCAUAACCUCUCUGAACUUAGAUUUUGUAAGUAAAGUUGACUAUGUGUGAUUAUGAAAUCUAUGACGUGAGCAUGUGAAAGCCUUUAUCCCCGGGAUUUGUGUUGUGAUUGAUGAAUUAUAACGUCUGAUCUAUGAGUUGUUAUUGUGAAUAAUACUUGUACUGUUAUUAUGAAAUUGUAUUUGUGUUAUCUAAAUUAUGAAUGUUGUUGGGGAAGCGUAUUGUUUUGUUGAAUGGUGUUCUUUGGGAAGUAUGCUUUCAAGGUAGGGCUUUGCAGAUAUAUGGGUGGGUUUAGUCAUGGAAUUUCUUCGUGUGAUGUCUUACUCUGUUCGUUUUGAUGAUACAAUAUUUGGACCGAAGAUGGGUCUUCAUCAAGAAGAUCCACUUUCCCUAUACUUAUUUAUAAUCAUUGUAGAAGGUUUAAGUGCAAAACUGAGGAGAGGAGAAAAAGUGGACAAUCUGCAAAGGGUGGUAAUGUCAAGAGGAGAUUCAAAGAUGUCAUAUCUUAUUCGUUGAAGAUAUCUUCCUUUUCUUCAAAGCAUAUCAUAGUGAGAGACCAUUGCUAAAGAAAGUUCUUAAAGACUAUGUGACAUGUGAUUAAUUACCACAAAUCAACUCUCUCCUUUAGUUAUAUACUCUAGUGGGUAGAAGUAAAUGGAGGUUUUGGGGUUCAUUAUAGAAAAGCUCAUAAAAUAGCUAAACUAUGGGAAUCACAAAUUUUUGUCCCCGAGGCAAGUAGAGAGGUUUUGCUGAAAACUAUACUUCAAGCCAUUCCUAAUUAUACUGUGAUUUUUUAUCCAUAAUGAGAUGUGUAUAAAUUUAGAGAGGAUUAUGAAUGACUUAUGGUAGACGAGUUCACAUAGGCAAGGAAUCUUGGGGUGGUUUGAGCACUCCUAAGAAAGGCGGUGGGAUGGGUUUUAGAUGACUGAAUGAUUUAACAUGGGAAUACUAGGGAAAUACGCUUGGAAUAUCUUCAUGGAGCCUAGUUGGGUUGUAGCAAAAGUCUUACAAGGUGUUUACCCCCCCGUUCAUUUGUACGAGGGUAUUUGGUAGACCAAAAGCUUUUAUUGAAGAGAGUUAUAAAUGGAGGGUGGACAGAGGUAAUUCGAUUAAAAUAUGACAUGACCCAUGGCUCCAUUACUCGAUGAGAUAGCGGAGUCUACAAUGGUCCAGGGGCUAGAAAGCUAUUAUGUAGGGGUGAGUUGGGAUAUUGAUGUUUCGACCAAUUUGCAAAAUAGAAAGGACAUUUAGUACCAGAUUGAUUGAUUUGACAGUGGGAGGACAAUCGGUAGAUAUUCGAUCAAAACUACCUACCGCUCCAAUUGAUGUGAAGCGAUGCAAAGUCGUCAUGACUGGGUUAAAAUGUUUUUUAGGCAAUAUUGUGUUGGAUGUUUAUCAACGAACCUGCCCUUUGUGUUCGGUGAGAGUUGAAAGUGUGUUUGGAGAUUGAUGAAAUGGAUGUUUUUUCGACUAUUGGAGACUCAUAGUUCGGUGUUCAAAAUCAGCAACAAAUGACAUGACGUUUAAGAAGACUUCUACUCCUCUUCUUAAAGUUGGGUGGUGUAAUGCUCAGAGAGCAAAGCAGGACGCCAAAACUGAAGCUUGGGAUUUGGGUGAAGACAACUGUCAAACACGUGAAAGUGAACAUUGAUGCUAACUUUAGUUUGGGAUGGAAUAGUGGAGUAUUUCUAGCUUGGGGUGCCAUUCAUCGGGGGAGAGAAUACGCACUUUAAAAAGAAGAAGACACAAAAGUUGAGUUUCGACCCACCCGAGCCGUUUUUCUGGCUCCACCACUAGUCACGCGCCUACCACAACACCCUCCCCUUUAUCCUAGCUUGGGACAUGCAUGAUACCAAAAAAUGAUCUCAUGAGGG